GGCUGAGAGUGUGUUAGUCCAGCAGAACCGCUGUCCUCCGGUCUGUCCACAUACACACACACACACACACACACACACACACAAAGAGAGAGAGAGAGAGCUCGGGCUGAGGAGCACUUUCUCCACUGUGCAUUUAUUUCUAUGUACGCAGGACACGAUGGGAUGUACAGCCAGCACUCACACCACAGCUCAGGACACAACUCGACCCAACUCAAAAACAGAGGAAUGUAACGGGGCGAGCACCACAGGAACAGCUGCUGAAAAGGCAGUACAUGAGAAAGAGACUACGCCUGCUCCGGAGGUGGCCAGUGCAAGUUCACAGCCCCAAGUAAGCUCUGAAAUUCCGGCAGCAACUGCAAGUCAGGCUGCAGCUGAGGCUCCUGCAGCUGAGGCUCCUGCAGCUGAAGCACCUGCAGCUGAAGCACCUACAGCUGAAGCGUCUGCAGCUGAGGCUCCUGCAGCCGAGGCUCCUGCAGCCGAUGCUCCUGCAGCCGAUGCUCCUUCGGCUGAGGCUCCUGCAGCUGAAUCCGCAGCACCUGCAACUCAAGAUGAAGCAGCUUCAGCAGAAAGCCCAGCAGAACCAGCCCCAACAGAGGAGACACCAGCACCCAGUGAGGGAAGCUAAGGCAGAAUUCUGCAGACAUCGCUGGGUUAUGAUGAUGGUAGAACUGAAAAACUGCUCAAACAUUUCACGACAAACGAGGAACCUUUCAGCAGAGAUGCUUAAAACCUGAGAUAACUUAGGAUUGCUAGCCUGUUGCCAAGAUGCAGACUGCAGAUCUUUCAGACUGGGGUCUUGCAGACAUCACAGUGCCUUUAUUUAUCUUUGUCAGCGGUGAUGGGAACUACUUUUGUAUAUACUUAAUAUUUUAAUGAAUGUAUUUAAAUGAAAUACCUUAGAUAGAUUAAUUUAGAGAAUUUAAAAUGUACAAUAUAAAUACAAGACUUUGGGUACAGAAACUUUACAGAGAUUUAAAUUAUGUAAUGUUCAUAUCCUUCAUAUUGCUUCUUUGUGUUUGUACAGGACAGUGUACAGAGCCAAAGACUAUGGGACAUCACUGUAAAUGUACCUAGACUAUUAUGCUAUACUAUAAAACUAUUUAGACUAAUAAA